UAAUAACACAUGACGUCGUCCAGAUAUCAUAUGUCCUUGGCAACGUUGGUCCUCUUGGCAUCCUCUGGCUGCAGGACUGGGCUGUUCACUGGACCCAUGAUGCGAUUACGAUACAGAGCAGCGAUAAAAAAACGGUUGAUAAACUCUCUUAUAAAAGGCUGCAAUGGAAUUACGGUAAUCCACUCGACCAGAGGAGCUACAGAACCGACUGCUUGGUCAUUUUAGGAUAAAUAACGUCUUAAAACUAAAAGUUCUGAGCGUCAGGGACCAUCAUGUAUUAAGAACUGCGUGGAACUGUCACUCAUGGGUCUCCUACUAUCGGUAUGGAUGUCAGAGAUGACAGGCGAUGGCCCCACCUCCUCUUCAUCAGCCUUAGAAACACUGGCGGUCCCAACCUCCUCUCGCCUGUCAGUCAUGCUGCACUCUUCUCCCAUUGGUUCAGGGGACACGCGAUCACACUGGAGCACCUCUCACUGCUCCCCUCACUUCCUGUUGUCUCCCUGUCGGGACGAAGUGACCCGCACGCCUGUGGAGCAGAGCAGUGACGGGGUGAGGGCUGCGGAGGGGGUGAGCUCUGGGCUGCACGUCUGGGAGGUGCUGUGGAGUCCUGCUCACAGGGGGAGCCACGCAGUCAUCGGUGUCUCCUGCGCUAACUGCCCUCUGCAGGCGUCGGGGUACAGAACCCUGCUGGGUGGGGGCCCCCAGUCCUGGGGCUGGGAGCUGGGAACCAACCAGCUCUGGCAUGGGGCUCAGUCUCUGGGGAGGUAUCCAGCGAUCCACUCAACCACUCAGGGUGUGGUAGCGGGAGGGCUAGAGAUUGGUUUGAAGACCCCAGGGUCAGCCGUGGAGAUACCAGAGCGCGUUCUGCUGGUGCUGGAUGCCGACGCAGGGACACUGGCCUACAUGGUGGAGGAGAGCUUCUUCGGCGUGGCGUUCGAGGACCUCCCUCACGGGGUGGAGCUGUUCCCUGCGGUUAGCAGUGUGAGGGGCGGAGCCUCCAUACGACUGCGCUACCUCAACGGUGCCACUAGCGACCCCCCCGCCCUGAUGGCUCUAUGCAGUCUGACCAUCCAACGCUCUCUGGGACCACAGAGGAAGAAUCUCACAAACACACUGCCCAUUCCCCUUGUUCUCCAGCAAUACCUGCUUCCAAACCAAUAGCCUGCACACACACACACACACACACACACACACACACACACACACACACACACACACACACACACACACACACACACACACACACACACACACACACACACACACACACACACAAACUUUCAUAAAACAACUGAAUACAAUGGAACACACAAACAUAGGCCUUAGCUGAAAAUGUACACUACUGAGGUAUUUGAACUAGUACUAUUUAUAUGCUACUUUUAUGGGAUAAUGAAUCAAUCAAU